AUGUCAAAUAAUGAAGGAAUCAAUGAAUAAGAAUAAUAACAUCCCCUUGAUUACUACAAGGAAUCAAUUAGAUUAUACUAUUAUAAUAUAGUUCUUCAUUAACAUGUAGAAUUUGUUUCCUAAAAUUAUAUUAGGUUGAAUAAAUCACUCAAGAAAGAAAUGAAAUUAAGCAAAAAUUAUAGAAAUUUUAAGCUUUAGAAGAUUAAGAAAGUGACUUAUCUAUGGAUGACAAAAGAAAAAGAAAUAGAAGAUCAGCUGUUGAGAUUCCAAGAAGUCAUGUUUGUUAGAUUAAAAAUUGCAAUAAAUCUUAUGGUUCAGAAGGAUCGUUAAUGUAACAUAUGAAAAUUAAACAUGGUAUUACACUUGAAAAACAUAUGAAUUUCAUUUUAUGA